AUGAAGCAACAAGAACAGCAGCAAAGCGCUGCGACGAAUGAUGCCGCAGACGACAAGACGACGGAAGAGGAACGAACAGGAUGCAACGCCAACACCGAGUUUGAGGACCGCGGACCAGAAGUAUUAUACGGAUCCAUUGCUCCGCUUCCCUCUGUGGACGAGCUACAACGGUGUCACACGAGCACCGGCACACCUGGAACAUUUGCCGUUGCUCCGAUACCCUUUGCCAUUAAUGACCCUCCUGUUUCCAUGGAGCCGCCAAUGACAGGCAACCUACAUGGAUCCAUUGCUCCGCUUCCCUCCGUGAACGAACUUGGACGGGGUCACACGAGCGCCAGCACGAGCACGAGCACACCUGGAGCCUUUGCCGUUGCUCCGACUCAUUUUGCCAUUAAUGACCCUCCACCUCCUUCCAUGGAGCCAAUGGCGUCCACAGCCGACGACUCAAGACUGGUGGAAGCAGAGUUGGUGACUCCUCCCGUGGAAGCCAUACAAGUACUGUCGUCUGAUGAUUUGGAAAGCCAAACAAAAAAGGACAUUCCAGAGCCAACUACUGGCCACAACAAGCGUUGGUUGCUUGUUUCGUUGCUUCUUUGUGCCUUGGUGGCUGCUCUGGUUGUUACACUUCUGCUACUGAUGCGAGAAAGCAACGAACAAGUCAUGGCAAUCAGCAUGAAUGAUGCUGGUGCUGCCAAUCUGUCACUGCCAGAGAUCAUUACACCGGCUCCAACCUAUGACUAUCCCUGCUUUUCAGAGUCUCUGGAGUUGAACUUUGCUCUGGUUGAAAACCCCCAACAAGAUCUCUUUGUCAUGUGCCCCAACUCCCAUAUCCAAAUUGGUAUCAUGAGAAUACCCAACGUCAACAACACCUAUCGAAAUGGCCAGGAACCGUUGUACAUUGUACGAUCCAAUGUCGAAGUUCGCUGUGGCCUCGAUGGUUCAUCCAGCAACAACUGCACUUUGGACGGAGGAACCAGUCAGCUUGUCAUAAUGUACUAUGGAGAAAAUCAGUAUGGGAUUACCCAACAAGACGUUCAGAAUGUGACCGUUCGUGGGAUCACCUUUACCGGGACCUUGGAUCAACAUUUUCAGUUCGGGUCCGCAUCGGUGCUCGUCGCCAACCAACCAAGCCAAAGAUAUCCAAUCAUUGAUUGCCGUGGCAAUAUCCCGUUCAGUUUUUUUCUGGUAUCCAUCGCCAACAGCACCUUUACCAACAUCACAUAUGGGAGUGCUCUGUUUGUGGCUAUGGACCAAGUCAUUUCCAUUGAAAGGAGCCACUUUUCCGGCUUGAAGGUUGUGGAGGACACACGAUACUGUGACUUGCAAGGUCCCGUGUUUUGCACCAACGUCAUGUAUUGUGCCCUAGAGAGCCAGUGCUCCAUGCAUGCUACGUGUCUGGAGGACGUGGAAUAUUUCGCCGAUGCUGGACUAUUGAUCGGUUCGCCACAGGCUGAGUGGGAUAUUUCUAGCAUCCAUCUUGCCAACAACGGAGACCUUGUGUUGGCCGAUCGCCAGCUCGAUGCCAAUCUAUUUGAGAAUUGUGACUCUGGAGUCGGCCAGUACAACGAUGACAUGUUCAAGACGAUGGAGUGUUUUGAUCCAGAACCUUUAUAUGAUACCAGUCCGGUAUGCCCGCUGCUUUAG